CCCUCGGCGUGGCCGUAGUCAGCGGCGGGUUCCGCGGCGCUCCACCUCGCCGGAGCCCCGCAGCCCCUUCGCUCUCCGGCGUGGGAUGUGCGCGCAGCGGCGGGCACCUGCCGGGCCGCUCCCAUAGCCCUGCGGGCAGCGUAGCGGCUGGCGGUGCCCCUCGGGAAGUUUGAUGGCUUCUUUGCGGAGAGUCAAAGUGCUCCUGGUGUUAAACUUGAUCGCGGUGGCUGGCUUCGUCCUUUUCCUGGCCAAGUGCAGACCCAUCACGGCCAAGAGCGGCGACUCCUUCCAUGAUAUCCAUCCCAGGGCAGAAGUGGCCAACUUGACAGCCCACGGCCUCAGCUCCAUCCAGGAUGCGGUGCUGAAGAGACUGUCCCUCCUAGAAGAUAUAGUCUACAGGCAGCUGAAUGGUCUCUCCAAAUCACUUGGUCUCAUUGAAGGCUAUGGAGGACGUGGGAAAGGGGGGCUUCCUGCCACCCUGUCCCCUGAGGAGGAGGAGAAAGCAAAGGGACCACAUGAGAAAUAUGGCUACAACUCCUACCUCAGUGAGAAAAUUUCACUGGAUCGUUCCAUCCCAGAUUAUCGUCCAACCAAGUGCAAAGAGCUGAAAUAUGGCAAGGACCUACCCCAGAUCUCCAUCAUCUUCAUCUUCGUCAAUGAAGCACUCUCGGUUAUCCUGCGAUCGGUGCACAGCGCGGUGAACCACACUCCAGCUCACCUCCUGAAGGAGAUUAUCCUGGUGGAUGACAACAGUGAUGAAGAGGAGCUGAAGGCACCAUUAGAGGAAUACGUCAACAAGCGGUACCCGGGGCUGGUGAAGGUUGUGCGCAACCAGAAGAGGGAAGGACUCAUCCGAGCUCGGAUUGAAGGCUGGAAAGCUGCCACUGGCCAGAUCACUGGAUUUUUUGAUGCCCAUGUGGAAUUCACUGCUGGCUGGGCUGAGCCGGUGCUUUCCCGAAUUCAGGAGAACAGGAGAAGGGUCAUUCUUCCCUCCAUAGACAACAUCAAGCAGGACAACUUUGAGGUGCAGCGUUAUGAAAACUCUGCCCAUGGGUACAGCUGGGAGCUGUGGUGCAUGUACAUCAGCCCCCCCAAGGACUGGUGGGAUGCUGGAGACCCCUCACUGCCCAUCAGGACGCCAGCCAUGAUUGGUUGCUCCUUCGUUGUGAACCGAAAGUUCUUUGGAGAGAUUGGGCUCCUGGAUCCUGGGAUGGAUGUGUAUGGAGGGGAGAACAUUGAGCUGGGCAUCAAGGUGUGGCUGUGUGGUGGCAGCAUGGAGGUCCUGCCCUGCUCCAGGGUUGCUCACAUCGAGCGCAAGAAGAAGCCCUACAACAACAACAUCGGGUUCUACACCAAGCGCAAUGCCCUGCGCGUGGCCGAGGUCUGGAUGGAUGACUACAAAUCACACGUCUACAUUGCAUGGAACCUGCCUCUGGAGAAUCCGGGUAUUGAUAUUGGGGAUGUUUCUGAGAGAAAAGCCUUAAGGAAGAGCUUGAAGUGUAAAAAUUUCCAGUGGUACCUGGACCACGUUUAUCCAGAAAUGAGAAGAUACAACAACACCGUUGCUUAUGGCGAGCUACGAAACAACAAGGCAAAAGAUGUCUGCCUUGACCAGGGCCCCCAGGAGAACCACACAGCAAUAUUGUACCCAUGCCAUGGCUGGGGACCACAGCUUGCACGUUACACCAAGGAGGGUUUCCUUCACCUCGGUGCCCUGGGGACCACAACUCUUCUUCCCGAUACCCGCUGCCUGGUGGAUAACGGGAAAAGCCGCUUCCCUCAGCUCCUUGAUUGUGAGAAGGUCAAGAGCACCCUCCAUAAACGUUGGAAUUUCAUACAGAAUGGUGCCAUCCUGAACAAGGGAACGGGGCGAUGCCUGGAAGUGGAGAACAAGGGAAUGGCUGGCAUUGAUUUGAUUCUUCGCAGCUGCACAGGACAAAGGUGGACAAUUAAAAAUUUCAUCAAGUAAAAGGCAGAAGAGUCAGAGGAGUUUAACUCAAAACAUGGCUGACUUGAACUGAUCCAACCGGACUCUUUUGGAAAGGAAAAAAUGUCAUAACAGAGCUUUAUUCAUGUGAUAAGGAGAUAAGGAGAGGACACAGGGGAAAUGGGCAUUUGUGUCUUUAUUUUUAUUGUAUAUUAGUCUCUCGCAGCUGAUUCCAACUGUGUGAAAUUGGGUCAGGACUGCUAUAAUCUUCCAGCAAGCACUCGAAAAGGUAACACUUAUUUCUCCUGGAAUGACUGUAAUAAGCUCAUGCAGUCUCAAGACCAUUUUACUGAGGGGGAAUUGUUGCUUUUCCACAUGACUCCAAGCUCUUCCAAAGAGCCAAGUAGAUGUACACCCCAAUUGGAGUGGAGAGACCCUGGAUGUGCCUGGCAGGUGGGAAAACACACUUGAUUGUCAGAGAAAAGAUUGCCAAACCUGAAAUGUGCUGAGUAGGAAUGGUCAUGUUUCCUGGCUCCUCUCUCACUUCCCUUUCUUGCCCCUCCAACCAGCAGCCCCUUUCUUGAGCAUGGGAGAGGCAAAGUUCAUGCUGGUAUCUCCCCUGGAUCUUUCCAACUCUUAAUCACACAUCAAUACACAAAAUCAUGUUGAAUAAAUCCAAUGAUCUCCCAUUGCCCCCACCACCCACAGGCUGCUUUUGGCCAAACCUGCAGCUCCAGGUCCUCCUGUGGACACCUCAGGUGGGUUCUCCUUGGAAAAGACCAUGGAUGUCUGCUGGCUCAAUGCAUAUCACUCGGAUGCACACAUGGUGAGGUGGGCUCACAGGAUAUUUUGCACAGCAAGAUAUUGGCCAGUUGGAGCUUUGGGAGGUGCAGAUCCACCUGCCUCCCGUUAGGGCUGUUGGCCUGACAUGGUCCCCUUGGACACCCUUCUUUAUCCUUUUAUUUGUGCUCUUGUCAAAGUAGGAACUGAUGUGCUGGUGUGUGCAAACACCUGAGAGCACUUAACACGAGAGAGUCCCACAUGGGCUUCCCUCCCAUGGAGGCUGCAGGGGUUGUUUUAAGCCAUCUUUGCUCUGGGUGAAGACAGGGGGAUGGCAGUCUCCGUAACUUCAUAGCAGUGUAGAUCUCUUCCUGAGGCUGAGGCACAGACCUGCUUGGUCAGUGUGUGACCAUGGUCCCCCCUGAGCAGUGGAUGUUUCUUCAGGGCAGUAGUGCAGUGAGGAAGGGAGAGGGAAAGCAGGAGACCACGAAAUGGCAGCUUGGAUGAAGUUCUUGGCUUUGAAGUCACUUGAGGCAGGUUAUUACACUCAGGCAAUCUCAACAGCCUUGUUUUGGUCUGCCCAGCUGUCAUGGGAGACAAUUGGUUUGAGUCCUGAUGUCUGGCUACCUGGAAAAGGGAAACAUGGUCUUACAAGGUUGUUUUACAUGACUGCUAGACUGAUGGGUGGACACAGGCUUCACUUGUUAGAGGGGAGAAGCCAGCCCAUCUCCUGUCCUUCUCAUGGAAUAAUACUCUUUCUGGCUGCCCUCUGGCUAGGGUGCACUGAAAUAGAAUAAUAUAUGAGAUAUAUGUGUAAAUAUGUUUCCCAAUGAUGGGACAUGCACAGAGUGGUUUGCUGCAGAGCACUCAUGCCUGUCUUCCAUUUGCAUCAGGAUGAAGCUACCUGGAUGUUUAAUGAGUUUAAUUUUCAAUGCCACGCAGCAGGUUUAUAAUUGAUCUUUUCGUAAUUUAUUGAACAGAAGCUGAUAUAUUUCAUUGUUCCUUCUAUAGUGAUGAGCAUUGCAUAAGACUCAUUGUUCAUUUAGGCUUGACAAGACUUCCUCAUCCACUGGGGUUGUCCCUGAUUUUUUUUUCCAUUGCCUUCCUUAAUGAAGUAGAACCUCUUAGUUGUCCUGAAUUGCAAAGUAGAGAGUCAAUGUAGAAUUUUGCUCUCUUAUUCGCUGUUGCAUCAUCUCUUGUGUAAUAAAUUUUAGCACUUACAAAACCCAACGUGAUCACAAUGUCUUUAGCUGCAUGAUAUGUUUCCCCUUGCAUUUGUUGCUGCCUCCUAAGAAAAGCAAUUUACUGAUAAAGUGGACUCCAGGGAAGUCUGGGGGAUUUGAGACUUCACAGCUAAUGGUCAAAGUGGUAAAAUGCCCUUUAAUUGAGCAAUCAGCUUGCUGUCAGUCAUCAGUGGAAGCCACAUAUUUUGUGGUCUUGGGAAAAGCCUCUGUGUUUUGGAAUAAACAACCACAAAGCCCUUGGAUGAUGCCUGUGCUGUAAUUCCCAGCUCCCAGUUCAGCUCUAGUCCUGCCGGUGCUCAAGGCCCCAGCAGAUGGGCUUUGUCACAUUAAUCCUGGUGGGAUGAAGUGUCACCACCCCCAGCCUUCCAUCUGCUUCAGAGGUUUCUGUCCUUGUCACCGGCAGAAGACGGGAAUGUGUGGUGGCAUCUCAGCUACCAUCACUUGAGGACAUACUCCAGACACCAGGCAGGAGGGGUUUGCUCCAUAUAAUGCACAGGAUUGUCAGCCCCAGGCACUCUGGGAUGUCCCCAGGGCUCUGCUCAGGAGGCAGCAGGUGGAGGUAGGGAGGACCAUGGAGCAUCUCCAGCUGGCUGCCUGGUGAUACCUGUGCUGCCUGUGGGAGGUGCAGGAUGUGUGCUCAGGAGCACCCGGGGAUGGGGAUCCUGUUGGUGAUGGGCUGGUUUGAGCCUUUUGAAAAAUGAAGGUUCAGUUAUGUGCUUCCUUCAUGGUCCAUGUAGAAAGCAAAUGCCUGAACAGUCAAAAGAAAGGGAAUGAAGAAAACAAACACUUGGCUCCAGGACCUUACCGAGGUGGUUGGUGCAUUUUCACCUAGAACACUUUUGAAUGACUGAAAAAGAAGCAGCAUGAGUAAAAUCAGGAUUAAAAGCAAGAAUCUAAUCUGCUGUGUCCGUGUGACUGAAGUUCUGUUCUGACAUUGGUUUGUGACAUGCAGAGAUGAUUGCUGAGGUGACAACCCAAGGUCCUCACCCUCCCAAACUGUAGAAAUCUGUCUUAGAAAUCUGAAUUUAAAUGUUGCAUCUUGCGCUUAUCUCUAAUAAUAUGUUAAUUGCUUUAAAAAGUUACAUCAAAGUGGUUCUUAUUAAAUUUAUGAUUU